AUGACCGGGUUUACGGAGAUUCUCACCCAGAACAUCUUAGUCACCAGUAUUCUCAUGGGUCUGAUUACCCUGGUGGGGUUAGUUGGGAAUGCGCUGAUGUUGCGUGCACUUAUUGUGUACCGAAAACUGCGGACGGAUUUCUAUACUGUCUUCGGAUGUCUUAGUAUCGUGGAUUCACUGUUUCUCAUCAUUAGCGCCCCAGCUCAUAUCAUGGAGAUGGUGAUGGCUACAGACAUCACCACCGAUGCUUGGUGCAAAGGCAGCCACUAUCUUAUAGAUGCCUGUAGUUUCAUUUCGGCCUGUCUAAUGGUGGUGCUGACCGUUCUCCGUGGAAUCCUGCUGACAAACAGAAACAGCCGACAGCAUAAGGCCAGCUAUCUUCUGAUCGUCUGCGCUGUGAUUUCUGUGACCAUGUUAUUGUGUUCAGUGCCCAUUAUGUUUGUGUUUACCUCCUAUCGCGGGAUGUGCGACUUCGUGGACCCGCUCAAUCAGCUGAGUCCGCACGCAUGGUUGGUCAGUUCAUUUUCUGCGUUUGUUCCACUGUUCUUGAUAAUUCUAAUAUACUUGUUGACCUACCUGCUGGGCAAACGUUAUUUCCCAGACAGUUAUUCGCCCAUUGAGAAAGAAAAGUCUUGGCUGGUCACGUACAUAAUCAUAGCAUUCACAAUAUUCCAGAUUCCAUACAGAGUGUUUGUUAUUUUUGACCUAAACACAGACCCCACAGACUUCUCACAGCUCAAUGAGAUGUAUACAGUAAGGAAUUACUUGAUGUGCCUUGUUAUGGCGGACAAAGCAGUAAGACCGAUUCUGUACACUAAACUAGCUUCAGACCUUAGCGAAGCCUUUGAUGAGGUCAUCAACUGUACCCUCUGUGCCAAACAUUACUCAAUGGGCUCUAGAUUUAACCGAACAUGUGCCGUAUACACGUCUCCUGGUAACUCAGCAGCUGUCACCACAGUCCUGAGUUCCACAGAAAGCAAUCUUAUGCAGAACACAGAUAGAGCAGCAUCUUCUUCAUCGGAGGCGUCUGCUACCUCACAGACACCUUUGACGCGAAGAAAUGACGACUUAGAUAUGGCCAUCGAUAUUUUGGAAGGCUGA